UGAAUGUAAAGAUUUUAAAAAAUUUAAUUUUUGGGUAAAAGAAGUAUGUUUUCAAAUGAUCAAGUCGAAGCCAAACAUCAAAAGAGUUCUGUGCUGAAUCGCAGAUAUCGUAAUCAAUUAUUGGCUGCCAUAACAGUUCAGUUUAUAUCAUUUUCUCAUGGCAUCGCAAUUGGUUGGAGCUCGCCUACAUUGCUGAAGCUGCAAUCCAACGAUUCACCCACAAACUUCGUAGUGUCAGUUGAUCAGGUCUCUUGGAUAGGUUCACUAUUUGGUUUAGGCUCUCUGGCAGGUGAUUCAUUUGGUUUGAUAUUAAAUCGAAUUGGACGAAAAUGGUGUUUGUAUUUAAUGGCAUUGCCAUAUAUAAUGGCUUGGAUUUUAAUAUUUUUCUCCAAAAGUUAUAUCUAUCUAUAUGUGGCAAGAUUUCUACAUGGCAUCACAGAUGGUGCCUUAUAUCUGGUUAUACCAAUAUUCAUAAGUGAAAUUGCAGAUCCAAGUAUACGUGGAACUUUGGCCUCAUUAUUGGGAUUAUUUUUUAGUUUUGGUAUUAUGGUGGGCUUUAUAUUUUCAUCACAUCUGGAUUAUUAUCUCAAUCCCUGUAUCAUUGUUAUAUUUCCCAUCCUAUAUUUACUAACAAUCUCAAGAUUACCGGAAACACCACAAUAUUUACUAAGAAAACAACAUAUAGAUAAAGCCCACAAAUCAUUUAGAUUUUAUAAGAAUUUACCCCAGCUGAAGACUUCAGCCGAGCAGCAAGAGUUGAACGUAGAUGGCGGAUUUGAGGAACUCAAACAAAAUAUUUUAUCGAUCCAUAGUCAAGCGGAUAAAGUAACAUUUAAAGAUUUUGUUAGUUGGAAAUCUUUGAAAGCAUUUCUAACCGCUUUUAUAAUAUUGGCUUUAAGUCAAUUUUCUGGCUACAUGGCUUUUCUCUUCUACAUGUCCGAAAUAUUUUCUCAUGCUGGUACCGAUAUGAAUCCUAAUACCUGUACCAUUAUCACGGGUCUUGCUCAAAUAGCUGGCACAUGUUUCAUCAUCUUAACGGUGGAUCGUUUUGGUCGUAAGUUGUUAAUGCUGGUGUCAUCGAGUGGCAUGGCUGUGGGGCUUUUUAGUUUUGCCUUGUAUAUCCAAUAUGCCUCUGAUGAAUUGAAGUUGAAAUACAAUUGGCUGCCUGUAGUUAUCAUGGUAUUUGUCAUUUUAAUGGCCAACAUUUCGGUGACAGGUCUGUUAAUAGUGGAACUUUUUCCGGCUAAGAUACGUGCUCCUGCCAACACUAUAUGUAUGUGCUUCGCAAGUAUAACGAUUUUUGUGGCCUUGAAAGUAUUUCCUCUCAUAAUGGAAAAUUAUGGUUUAGCCACCCUGUUAUUCUCCUGUAGUGGUGUAGCUAUUUCUGGUUGUCUAUAUAUGUUGAUGUAUCUGAAGGAAACUAAAGGAAUAUCUAUGGAUAAAUAGAUGUAAACGGAGAAGAGAUUUUACUAGAAUACAAUCUUGUAUAAGAACUGGUGAGCGAUUUCCCCAACAACAAAAA